UGGGUCGGCGGCCGCGGCGCCCAGUCCCAGAAGCAGUGCAAGAAAUCCUCCUUCGCCUUCUACCAGGCGGUGAGGGACCUGCUGCCCGUCUGGUUCCUGGAGGACAUGCGGACCAUGGAGGUCUUCCACUGGGAGGACGGGGGCAAGGUGAGCGUGUACUCACCCUCGGAGGCCCUGCUCUACGCGCUGGUGCACGACCACCAGCCCUACGCCCAGCACCUGCUGACUAAGUUCCCCCAGAGCGCCCUGGCCGUGCCCAGCCAAAGCUUCAGCUGCUGCCAGUCCUCGGCCCCACACCUGGCCAUGGCCGUCCGCUACAACCGGGUCCGCGUCCUCUUCCGAAUCCUCAAGGCCAUCCAAGCCUUCCCGCCGAGUGACAGAAUCGGCCACCUGGACCGCCGGGGCUGCAGCCGCGUGGAGGGCGGCAAGACAGCCUUGCAUGUGGCCUGCGAACUGGUGCGACCCGAGUGCUUGCUCCUGCUGCUCGGGCACGGCGCAUCGCCCUGCUUGCAGGACAGUGCCGGGAAUACCCCCCUCGACACCUUGCUGCAGCAGAUUUCCCACACGCCGGCAGUUAACACGCGUGCCAAGCUCCUCUGCCUCGCCUGCCUCUUCUUCUUUGUGCCUCAGGACCUCCAGUUCUCAAUGAAGCAGCAACUGUUGGACAACCGGCAGCGGUGGCAGGACCUCCUGGGGGAGAACAGGUUCCAGUGCCUGCUGGGCUUAGCUCCCCCGUCACUGUUUGUCGGAGCCAUGCGUGUCUUGAUCAGGACCAUUUCACCUGAGCAUUUCCCAGAGGCUCUGGACAAUCUGCCUCUGCCUCAGUUUCUAAAGCCUUUGGACUUGAAACUGGAGAGCUAGAGGGGUGGUAUGAGAGUCUCCUGCUCACCUGACAGAAAUAGACUGUUGUUCUAAAAAUGUAUUGGUAUACAAAGCUGCUAAUGCGGCAGCCAAGUAUCCAUUUUAAUUAGAACUGUAUUUUUUAAAAGAAUUGUAUCUGGCACUUUACAAUAUAUUUUAUUUAAAGAUCCUUGUGGUGAGGUGGUCUGCACUGCAUUUUAUAAAAACAUUCUAUGGCAUGUAAAAAUGAGGGUAUGUGGGAGAAUAUAUUUGUAAAUACAUCUGAAUAAACCAGUGGCAGAUGUGAUCAAAAGACAAAUUGAGCGACUGAAAACUCUGAAGUGGCAUGUGCCUUGGGAAAGCAUAUGCGGGGUGGGGGAGUAUCUUUUCGUUAGGAUUUCCCUGUUACAUAAGUGUCGCGGUCCUGGAACAGGAUGACUCCUUUUUUACAGCUCUCCUAAUACAUCUUGGCAGGGAUGCAGGGUUUUUUUAAAGGCACAGAUGAAAACUUCCUCAUCUUGUACACAAGACCAAAGAGAAGCCAGAUACUAUUAAAACUUCCCUAAAUAAGGCUGGCAGGGAUGUGCAGCUGAACAAAAUAUGUUUUAAAAUAUGCAUAAAUAACAGUUGGUUUCCUUGCGAAGUUCUCUCUGUUCCCCUUGGUGAGCCACGGUACUUGUUGUCGGGCAGAGGAGAGCCUGAGUACACACGUUGCUCUGGCCAAAAAUGUUCCUGCCCUGGCAGGAGGCAGGAAUGGACCCUGCAGCCACUCUGCGUGAUUGCUGCAGGGUGAGGAGGGAAGCACAGAGCAGGAGGGCCAGCUUCCUCAUGCCUUCCCUCUGCUAUGCCCAGAGGCAUUUAUGUAGGUAUGGCAAUGGCCCAGGUCCCUAGAGCAGCUUUUUUCAGUGGAUUCCGGCCCCUGCACUGCCAGUCCCCAGCAGGAUGUGAUGGCUUAGGUUCAGCUGAGAGAGCUGUGGCAGUCUUGGUGUCCACUCUGGGUACCAGAGGAGUAGCUAUGAUAUCUGGCCUUCCCCCAACCAUCCCUUCUGAGAUGCUCCAAGGUACAUAAAACAUCUUCACAGCUGCUCCAGAUCAAAAAGCCCUUUACGGGUAAUGUCCUGCCUCCAACACUUGUGUUUAGACACAUCGAAGUCCUGAGCAAAGGGUUCUUUGCUCUGCAACCUUUACUCUACAGCAUUGUGGGCAAUCACACUGUGACAGCCCUGUAAAACUGGCACUGCCCCUGCCUGCUCUGCAGGGAGCGAGCUGCGCCGGCUCCACCAGCAUUGCAAUGAUAGAAAUCUCCUAGGCCACAGCGCUGCAGCUUUGUGUCUGUUGUUGGAAGGUGUCAGUGAAACUGCAGGGUUUUGUUUCAGUGCUUAAAGUUGUAGCCAGGGAGUUGUUUGCCACUUGAACUAUUUCAGCACUGUUGUUCCCUUUGGGGUCAUCAAGGAACUGAUGUGCUCAGAGAGAAGAGGCCAUGUUCAAGGCACAGAUUUCUUUAUUCGUGAAUUAAUUUUGGUUAGGAAAAAAACCACAGAAUGAGGCACUAUAAGCUGUUCAUGCUUCAGCAGAACAGAGUGGUAUUUCAUCUAAAAUAAUCUCCAUACUGCAUGCACAAUAAAAGAUAAGCCAUACUUCUGAAAUUUGAGAUGCAACAGAAAGAUUGCUAUUCUUAGACUGCUGGCACCAAAAAUGUUUCCUAGAAAAGCAAAUGUUCCUUUUUCCCAAGAAACCAAGCUGAUAUGUGCUCAAACUAAUUACCAUGGGAAAUUUAGGUCCCUUGCUAGAAAGCAUAGAACAACUCUAACUGUUCUCUUCAGUUACCUUGUUGAUAAUGAAAAUACAGAAAUCCAAAGAACUAACCCCUCGCUUAGCCGCUUAAUAAAAAAAUUUUGAAAAGC